UUAUCUUUUUAAAUGCAAUAUUAUCGUUAUCAUAUGUCAAUCCACAGCUGGACAUAAGCUUUCUCCAAUAUCUUCUGCCAUGUACAAUCUCUGUUUUUCACAUCUAUCCAUUUCUGGUCAUCUUCUUAAUAUUAUAGCUCAUCUAGAAGAAGGGCACGCCCGCUGCAUUAUCCUAAACCUGGCUUUCACUCCAAAACUUUUCUUGCCUAUCUGCUAUUGUUGACUUGACAAAUAUGGUAGAGUCACUGUCUUCUUAGCUGACAAAUUUUGAGAGCUAGGUCAGCCACUUUAGUUCUUUGUGGAAUUUCUUAGUUCUAGAUUAUCUCGCUUAGAAAAAUUUCAAAAAUAGCUUUCUUCAUCGUCCUCUGUGCGACUUUUAAUGUGUUGGCCAGCCCCACAGUUAGGUUUUAGGUCUCUGCACCGUAUUAAAUUAGCUAUGUCUGCGACAUAGUUAAUAUAAAAUACCUAAGCGGAUGUAUUAGAUAUGAUUUGAUUACCAAUAUGAUUUAAAUAAAAAGACGGUACUUAUAAUUAUAAUGAUUGCAAGUUUUGGUAGGUAAUCAUAAAACUAAAUUAAAUACACAUAACACAGUUAUUAUAUUAACAUCCAAUAGUUGAAGUGUAUUUUAUACUCCUUUUUUUUUUAAAUCUGAAAUAUUUUAUAAUAUUAUGGAAAGAAGCGAUUAUGUGCUUAGAAAUUGUAUUAUUAAUAAUAAUGAAAGUGAAGUCAUUGAAUUUCUCAAUCAUGGAUUAGAUCCAAAUUUUGAAGGUGGUUGGCCAAUUAGAUUAGCAGCACGUCAUGGACAUUAUUCGAUUGUUAAAAUAUUUUUACAAUACGGAGCAAACCCUCAUUUAUUGAGUGAUUCUGGCGCAUCAACAUUACAAUUUGCUGUAUAUUCUAAUGAAGAAUGGAAUAGCGACAAUUGGAACUUGUUAUUGUCUUGUUGCGAUUCUUCACAAUUAGCAGACGGCGCUGCUGUAGCUAUAAUUUUUCAAAAUGUGACUGCUCUCAAGAAAAUAUUAGAAACCGGUAGAUGUAAUACUAAUAUACCUACAACAUUAACAGGAAAAACUGUUGAAGAUUUGGCAAAAGGGUACAAACUUCAGUAUCUUUUGAAUACUCCUACAAUUCCAAAUACUCAUAUGAAUGUGUGUACACCAGUAUCGUCACCAAGAAUAUCAAGUCGGAAUAAUAUAUCGGAUUCUGGAACAGUUUUACGUCAACCACAAAUGAACAGCUUAUCACCAUCUGUCGCUCAAUUUUUCCAUCAAACAGCAAGUCAAACUUCGUUGACGCCACCAAGAAUGAACUUAAUUACAUCUCCACCAACAAUCGAUUGAGUUUUUGAUAUAAUGGUAUGCGUGGCUGUCUAAAAUGCUACAUUUACAACAAUGUAUCAGUUAACAACUAAUAGAAUUAACCAUUUACCUAUCGUAAUACCAUAUACGUUUGAGAUCUUAGUGGUAUAAAAAAUAAUUUCAUUCUAUAUACCUUUAAGUAGUCUAUUGGACAUAAAAUGGUAAAAAAAAAGACUUGGAUAUAUAGUCACUUAUACCUAAGUAAGCUUAAAAGUUCUAUCAUUUACUUCAUGCGCGGAAUUUCUGCAAAUGUAUUUGGGCGAAUUAUGCUAUUGUGAUAUUUUCAUCUUACGACGUCUCAUUUAAAGGAAGGAUAAUUUAAAUUGUCUAUUUAUCCCAAAUUUAAUUCAGAAAUGUUGUUUCUUACUUAUCCGCAAGCAAAAAUUGCUAAGAACAUGCUUACCUUGUUGAAGAAUGGGAAUAACUAAAAAUUGCAUUUUUAUAUUAAAAUUUUAAUCUUUUGACCAGGUUUAGUUUCGGUAGCUAUUGCUUUGCCCCUAGUGUUUGGCAUGGAUAGGCAAUUUUAAAUUGUAUCGCAGGUAUACUAUCUUUUAAUCUAUGUUUUAUACCUACUUAGUGUUUUAAUAUUUCUGGAUGAAGUAAUUUUUAAUUAUUGUAAGCUUUUCUUCUGUGUCUAUUCUUUUUCUAUUUUAUACAAGGAACAUGUAUCAAAAAAGCAAACAUACAAAUACAGGUUUUUUAUCGAAUAAAUUUGACAGGGCUUCUGUCGGAUUUACCUGUCACAAGGGCGAUACGAAGAUGAAACUGUUUGGGUGGUUUAAAAGUGAAAUAGAUAACACUACUGGUUAUGCGAUGCCAAGAGAGUAAAACAGACAUUUUGGAUAUUUUGUACUUCUACAAACAAUAUCUGCGUUAACACACGAUGGGGUAAGUGAAACAUACGUAGGUUUAUGGGCUCUAAUUUCAGCAGCAGAUCUUAAUUUUAGUAGAAUUAAAUGUGAAGUACCCACAUCUACUCCUUAUUUAAUCAGUUUACCAUGAUACGAUUUUCAAGUUCAUGGAUUGUUUGUUCAUUGAUAAAAUCAGUUAACGAAAACAAUCAGUUGUUUUGUUUCACUUACCCCAGGGAUGAAAUAAAUAAUUGCAAUCAAUCUAAGCAAAAAUUAUACCUGGGAUGAUACGUCUUAAGAAGAAUACGGUUGCCAUUAAUGUUUUUGGACACAACCUAUAUCUUCUGUAUCGCACUCUUAUAACAUACAGCAUGCUAGAGUUCCGCGCUUCGUUAUAAUAUGAUCCAAUUUAAUACAAAAUUAUGGGCUUGUUAAUUACAUUAAAUAUAAUAAUUAUUUCUAAAUUGUUUAGAUGUUACGACUAGGUAUAUCUGCAGUGAAAAGUUUUAAUGAAUGAACCUCUUAAAUUAUUAUGUAAUUUGUUGGUCGUAUAUUGUAAAUUUAUAUAGGUAUAAUACUAUUACCGAGUUCGUGAGUUUAUGAGAAUAUGGGAAAACAUUUCCUCGCAUUCAAUUUGAUUAAUCUACUCUUGUCAUCAAAAGCGACUACGCGACUAGACGAACACAUAAGGAAUUCACAUAACCCUUAUCGUUGACUUGUUUUUCAUGUACUUUUACGAAUGCGGCUUGCUUCUUUAUUUACCAUUCCAUUGCAUGUGUUGUGCAUAACAUUACGCUGAUAGAAUUUUCAUAAAAUGAACAGGUAUUACAUUCGUUUGUAUGGUUGCAAUUUUGUUAAAGUUAUUAUACGUAGGUAGGUAUUUACCAUCAUAAUUUAAUACUUACAUUCAGAUGGAAGCUUAUUCAAGUUCUAUUUGUUUUUCGGUAAUCAAUUAUAGGAUAUAGCAAAACUUUAUUGAUGACUGUAAUUAUACUUAUUUCUAUGACAAAAAAAUUUAAUUUGGUUAUAUUGUACCUAAGUACCGAUCCAUGAAUUAGUACAAAAAUAAAUUUUAAAAACAAAAGAAUGCAAGAAAAUUAUUAGUAGGUAGUAUAUUUAUUAUUUAAUGACAUUGAUUAAUCUAUUAACAAAUGAUUUAAAAAUGACGUCAAAUGAAAUAAAAUUUAUUUGAGAAAAUUUGAA